AUGACAUCGUUACAGCUCUACAAAUAUCUUUUACGUGAAUGUGAAAGAUUACCACCCGAUGCUUGUAAACAUUACAAAUUUGCUGUCAAACAGAGUUAUAAGCAACACAAAAGUGAAUCGGAUCCAGAAAGAGUUAAAGAAAUUAUACACAAAAGUAUUGAGGAUGCCAAGUGGAUUCUGAAAAAGUAUACUACGAAA